AUGCAUGGAGAAGCAUGGCGAGACUUCCACAAUUCACUUCAUUUUCCAAUGAAACCACUGGCUGCUAAAUCGGCUUAUAAGAAAAGAUCGGUUUCCAAGAAGAGGAGCGCAACUCUUACCGGGACGUCCAAUGAGGGGAAGAAUUCGGUGGAACCCAGGAAUUUGGAAUCUCGGAAACGCGACAACGAUAAUGGUGCUGAGAGGAUACAAGAGCCAUUAUGCAAGAAAGUAGUUACAUUACAGAUUGUCGAGUCGCUGAUUUCUGCAGUGAUCAUGAAAGUUGAGGGGGAAAACAUCACUCCAACAAAACUGAAAAUUGUCAAGAACGGGAAGGAACAAAUGACAGUUAAGGGUGAACACAUUAACAGCUGUGCACGACUUCCAACAGAUGGUGCAUAUCAGAAACCUGAUCGGGUAGAUCAAGUCAUAAAGAAGAAACCACGUGCUGCAUCCACCAAUGCCGUUGCAUUACGUAAAGGGCCAAAGCCACCAGAGCAAACCCUCCGCCCUCAACUGCUAGAGCAACCAAGCCAGGUAAGCUCACGUGUGGCUCCCCCAGCUGCGAGUAAAUCAAAUGUCAAGACAGCAGCUCCAGCAGCAAAACCACCGAUGAAAUCCGCCAAGGCACCUGUAAAGCCAAUUUCGGCCAACAACGAUGCAACAUUGAAGAAGGCAUUACCCAAAGAGACUGUGAAAAAUGAUGAACCGAAAAAGGAGGAAGCAAAAGAAUUGCAGCCUGGCACCCAAGCAAAGAGUCUCAAAAAGUCAGCAAAGGACGAACCCAGGAAGAGCAUGACAAGCAGUAUCACGGAAGCAACGAAGCCGGAGAUUACGAAACAGGACUCUAAAAAGAGCAUGACCAGCAGUCUCACGGAAGCAUCAAAGUCUGAGAGACCUACACCUACAGAAGGAAAGGCGAAGCCCUUGCCUGUUGAAACGUCGAAGCCUAGGGUUCCCUCACGGCAAGCUACUGCGAAACAACCCUCAAAAAAUGUCCCUACGAAAGUUGAAGAGAAGCAGUCGGUAAUGCCGAAAGCUGCAGAGCCAGAGGUGGCGCCUGCCGAGAACUCUGCUGAAGCAGAGAAACCCAAGGCGACAAAAUCCUCCUUGAAACCCGUCUUGCCAAAGCCACUAGAGAAGGUUGUAAACAAAGCAAGUAAAUUGGCGACACCGUUGGCUAAAGUGGUGAAGAAAUAA